AUGUGGAUCAUUUCGGGUCCGUUCGACGGGGAGUCGGGAGGUGACUUGAGCUUCCAAAAGGUCAAGCUCCUGAAGCCCAAGAGCUCGUAUACCCUGGGAAGAAAGUCUCAACCUCUGCUUGUCAAUAACAAGAAGGUUUCUGCCGCCCUCUGUCAGUUUGAAGUUGGGGAACACACUGUUGACGACAUCAGUGACCCGUCAUCUAGGCCCUCGCUACGUAUUGUCAACCUGAACAAGAAGGACAAGGGCGUUAUCAUCUCUCGCGACGGCGACCGGAUUGAAGUCGCUCCUGCAACUGAACAUGCCCUUCAAGAUGGUGAUGUCAUAUCUCUCGUUUCUGGAGCUGAUGCUUCAGUACAUUGGAAACCCCUUUGUGUGUAUGCUCCGUCAUCGUCAUUCCCGUCAGACCAGUGUGCCAGCCUAGGAAUCAAGAUAGUUCAUACACCCCAUGCAGAGGUUACACAUCAUAUUACAUCCGAUUUUGUUGCAAAUCUGUCAUCAAUGUCAUCCCUCCUGUCUCUCUGCCAGUUCGUGAAGCCUGAAUGGCUGCAAGAAGUCAUCAAGCUCGGCACCGACCUCAAGCAUGCCCAACCUUUCGGACUAUCCUCUUUGGAGGAGCACUUCGUCUUGCCCUUCGAGAGCAAAUAUCGACCCGCGUUCUCGCCAUCCUUGUCGUCCGCACAAAAAGUCCUCCGUCUAUGGGAGCCGAAUGAAGAAAGAGUCAAUUUGUUUCAAGCCUGCCGGUUCAUCUGCUUGCACGAGAAGAUUCGAGACUCGGAUACGGAGCUUCGAGAGGCGAUUCAUCGAGGAGGAGGAUCGUUGGAGAACUUUGAUAUUCAUUCUGGCAUAGUAAAGUUCCGGAGGGCCUUGACACGUGCACAGGUGAAAGAAGGCAAGAAAACGGUCAUAGUUGGGGAUGAGGAGUCGAUGAAAGCAGCGGUCGGAAAGGAGACCUGGGAGGAGUACGUUGCUGAGGCACGAAGCUCCUCUCUGGAAAUAUUUCCUCCUUCGAAGUUCAUUCAAGCAAUUCUUGAUGUCAAUGUCGAUAUUCUUUUUGAAUCAAACACCAUAGAUAUCGAUGACAGCUCCACUCACGCUCGUACCACCUCUCUGUUGGCAAACACGCUGUCCAAAGGGCAGUCCGCGAAGUCCUCUCAACCUACAACAACCCCUGCUCCCAAAAGGCUCAUUCGCAGAGCCACGUCGCGAGAGCCCUCUGCGGCCCGUGAACCACCUCCUGAACAAGCUAGCGAAGAACCUCCAAAGCCACCAAAGAAGACUCUGACGAGACGUGCCGUACCCAAAAAGCCACCAGUCAUCACUGGCAUAGAUGACCCCUCUGAGAUUAUCGACGCCGUUCCGGAACUGUCAUCAGCAAGGGAAAAGACCCCACCCCCGCCUACCCCCGCACGCGAAUCAACCGGGGCAACGGCACCGACCCCAGGACGACCCAAGAAUCUCAAGCGCCGUUUCGCGGGCAAAGACAAGAACUCGGCCUUGCCACAGAUGUCAAUGCUGUCAAGCAUUGGAGAGACCGUUCCUGAGGAACCCCCGCUGAAGAAAUUCAAGGCCCUCUUCGAGGCGAGCGGUGCCGAGGCUGAUGCGCCUGCUAUGGACUUCGAAUCGUUCAACCCUGAAGAGAGUAUCCCGCAGUUCAGUGUUGGCUUGAGUUCUCAGACGCAGACGCAGACGCAGGCCGAAACUGAACCUGGGAGGUUUGGACGUGGUUUCCCUUCGUCCAGUCUCGCGGUGCUCAGAGAAGAGGAAGAAGAGACGCAGGGGUCAUCUUCUCAGCGAGGCACGAAGAGGAGAGCGGAUGACGAAGAGGAGGAUGUGGAGAUGCAGCUCGUACAAGAUCGUCAGCCUUCAGAGGCAUCGUCCGGGCCUCCAAUGUCAAAACGGCGCGCAGUCGAGAACGUCAACGCCGUCGAGAACGUUGCUAGAGGUGCCAGCAAGCCGCCAUCGACUGUCGGUACCGUUACACUUACUGGCAAGGAAGGGCAUGGUGCUGCUCCCGGCAAGCCAGACACGGAUGCUGCAUUCCUCAAGGCAAUUGCAUCGACCAAGCGAGGCAAGAAAGGCGAAGACGAUUUCGAUAGGGAGUUCAACAAGCUCAAGAUCUCUAAACCCCAGCUCAACAAGCCGGCCGAGCCCGAGGAAGAGUGGGCUGUUCUGGCUGAAUUUGGUGACGAUUCAGGCCUGAGGGGAAACUUCAUGGUCGUUGUCGAAAUUGAUGUGUACAAGAAGAACCCAAAGGACAAGGAAAAUCAGGUCUCGAACCAAGCUUGGAAUGGGAAGCCGAAUUUCAAGAAAUUCAAGAAGAAGGUGAACAAUUCGUCGCGGGCAAAGAUCGAUCUUUUCGUCAACGAUGACAACGACUACGACACAUGGGCCGCGGGCGACUCGCAAGGCCGAACUCAGACUCAGACCCAGGUUCGCCUUCCUGAUAGCCAGAUAGAACUGGAGGUGCAACCGUUGAGAACGCAAACCCAACACAAGACAAGGAAUGGAAGGAGUCAGAUUGCUAUUCCUUCGGACGACAGCGACGUGGAGGAGGCGCGACCAGCACCGUCACGAAAAACGAGGAAAGCGCCAUCCAGAGCUGGAUCCGCUACUCCUGGCCCUUCUCGGACGACAUCGAGGAGCAAGGCACCUGCGAGAGCAAAGGCCAAAGCGCAGCUGUUCCUGGACUCGGACAACGACGAUGAGGUCUAUGAGAUUCCUGGGCACGAUGAUGAUGACGUCGUUGAGGAAGAGACCCUCAAAUCAAGUCCUGAGGAGCUACGCGCCGGCUCGCGUCGAACAACGAGCAGGACGACGGCUGCGGCGAAGUCGAAGUCGAAGAAGGCGGCACCUAUCAUUCUCGACGAUGGUUCAGAUGACGACGCAGUGUUCAAGGGUUUCGGAGCCAGGCGAGGGGGAAGGUAA